AUGGCGGACCAGUCAGCGCACCUGAGCCACAAGGCCGGCGAGGCAGCGGGCCACGCGCAGGAGCGCAAGGAGGACGUCGUGCACGCGGCGCAGGAUGCCGCGGGCUCCGCGCAGCACGAUGCUGGCGGCCUCGUUCAGCAGGCUGGCGCGCAGGUGCAGCAGAUCGCUCAGGGCGCCACGAACGCCGUCAAGGGCGCCGCCGACGCAGUCAAGAACGCCACCGGCAUGGGCGGCAAGUAGACGUCCCGCGCGCCGCGUCCCUGUUGACCGUACGUUGCAUGCUGC